UUGGUUGAGUCAGGGAUGAAUGCGCGUGCAGUGACGUAAUUGGCCACGAGAGGGCUCAGCGAACCGGUUUGUCACAGAAACAGGAUAAGCGCUUUUUAUGAUUUGUUUGUUUUUAUUUAGUGUUAAUUCGACAAUACAAACCAAAAUUCACAAGAGGGACGCAUACAAUCAAAAAUAUACAACUUUAUCCCAGUCCAAUUCAACAGUAUGGUAUAUGAUAUGUUUUAUUGGUUAUUUUCAGGUUAAGUAACAAAAGCUGUUUUGGCUUUGAAGUUUAAACACCUUGCUAUAUGCGUUUCAUAUGAUUACCUGUCAUAAAAUAAUGUACAAGUAUAUGUUACCCUCUCUGUGUGAAAUCCAGGCUAAAGUCUCUAUAUCGAAUGAGAGAACAAACUUCAAAGUUUGAUUUCAACCAUUAAUUUCACUAUGACUUUAAUAUGACAUGGCCUUACUCAGUCAAUACUAAAGAUAGAAAGGUUAAAUUUUCACAGAAUGUUCUUUAUCUUAAGAAGGAUGAUUUUAUGUAUUAAAAAUUAAAUCACAAAUAAGAAAAUUACUUAAGGUGGGUUUUCACAGCCAGGGUCACUUAUUCUCUAACUCUUGGUGAGGUGAAAGCGGCCAAUAAAAAUAAAAUCCUCCAGUUUAAACUGUUCCAAAUGAAUCAUUACGGUUUAUUUUUAAUUUAAUUGGCUAUUAAAGUUUCUCAGAGUGAUUAUAAGGAUGUACAUUUUCAUCCAGACUGCAGAUAGGGCAUCACACACACGUCUUUUGUCACCAGCUAUCUGUAACUUAUCUCUGUCCUGGUCAGGAUAGACCAUUUGCAGUUGUUUGUGAUUGCUGGAUUUGAAAAAACUAAUUUUUUAAUAGAGAUUUUGUAAUUUUCUAAUAUUUCCUGUCAACCCUAAAUGUUAAGAGGUGCACUUUAAAAUGAUGAAUCACAUUUACCCUGCAAAAUAAUUUUUAAGAGUAAGUUUUAGUACUGGGGACUCAAAUAUAUGCCAGUUAUGCACAUUUGGAGAUAGAAACACUUGUUUUUUCAGUGUAACUUGGUACAAACAUUCUGGCAUGAUUAAUUCAGCUGGAUACAACAAAGAAUACCUUUAAUCCUCUCAUGGGAAAUUAAAUCUGGUUUCUUAUUUAAGGAUAAAAUAUAUCUUAUGCAAUGAGCAAUUUGUUGCUGAAAUGUUACAUUCAUAUAUGUAAAUAUUAAUAAUAAAAAAAAAAACUCCCCCAUGAUUAGUGCUUUUUAAAAAGGAAUUUGGAAUUAAAAAAAUUUUGGAAUUUGUAAUAUAUUUGGAGACGUUAAGAGGGAUGAAAAGUGUAAAAGCAAGGCACUUGUAUACUUUAUUUAUUGGUUUCAUAAUGUGAGAGCCUCCUACUCCCCUAAUUUUUCUUUGUCCUAUAUAUUUAAAAAAAAUUCUCCGCAAUAUUUGUAUUUUAUCUUACAUUUAUUCGGUGACAUGGUGUACAGAAUGUGAAAAAAAAAUUAGUUUACUGUCAGUUAUGAAUGCCUUUCUGUGUUGUUCAAAGCAUUGAAUAAAAAAUAAAUAAAAAACUUUCUGAGCCGGUAGCGCCGCCUUGAGGUGGACCUCUGUGUGUGUCAAAACAGCACCGCUAGUCAACAAUCAUUUUUCCGUGGAAUCCGUUCUAUCUUGGAAGCAUUGUGCGCUCUUGUGUCUGCCGCGUGUAACUGCACUUCCGGUGAUCUCGGCGCGAGAAUGGCUGCAGUGUUUACGUGUUGUUUGGCCUGCUGCGGGGAUGGCGGAGCGGGCCAUGCCCCCCUCAAAGAGAUGCCCACCGUACAUCUAGACACGCACCACAUGGGGACGGAUGUGGUCAUCGUGAAAAGCGGGAGGCGGAUCUGUGGAACUGGAGCCUGUCUCGCCAACGCCCCUCUACACCAGAACAAGAGCUAUUUUGAGUUCAAGAUCCAGUCCACGGGUGUUUGGGGGAUCGGUGUGGCCACUCAGAAGGUGAAUCUGAACCAGGUGCCACUGGGUCGAGACAGUCACAGUUUGGUGCUUAGACACGAUGGCUCCAUAUACCACAACAACGAGGAGAAGAACCGAUUACCUGCCAACAGCCUACCCCAGGAGGGGGAUAUAGUGGGGGUGACCUAUGAUCACGUGGAAAUGAACCUGUACUUAAAUGGAAAAAACAUGCACUGUCCAGCCUCAGGUAUUCGAGGGACUGUGUUUCCCAUAGUUUAUGUGGACGACAGUGCCAUCAUAGACGCCCAGUUCAGUGAUUUCUACCAUACUCCACCUGAAGGCUUUGAAAAGAUUCUGUUCGAACAGCAGAUCUUUUGAAUUGUUGUCUGUGUGCAGACACACACAUAUUGUCAAGUUGAACUGUGUGUGUGUGUGUGUGUGUGUGCGUGCGUGCGUGUGUGUGUGUGUGGCAGCAGCACGUGGUUACAAUAUCUCUCAGUGUUGCUUCUGUCUUUGCUGUUACUGCUGCUACUUUUAGAAGACAGACCAGACUUUAUCGUGUGUGUGUGGACACAAAGAAAUAAGAGAGAGAAUCUACAACCCAGAAAACACUUUACAUAAGCACUGAAGACACUUAUUGAUUUCUGUUUUCUGUCGUGGGCGAUAUUGAAAAACUGAGCUUAGCCUUUUUUUUAAUGACAGUCUAUAACAAUCAGCUUUGUGUUUUAAUUUAUGGAGAAAUCACUGAUAAUGUACCGUUGACUUUAUAUAUCUACACAAAUAUCAGCUUUCUUGAAUGAACCAAUUGUAUUUGCACUAGUUACAUGUGAAAAACCUCUCUUAUUCUAUUGAUAUUUAAUGAGUCUGUUACUGUUGUUUGCCUUUUAUCUAAACUAGGCAUAUUUAUAAAUAGAUAACAAAAGCAGUUUACUGUAUUUUCCAGUGUAUUUGAACAUUUUACCUCUAUGAUCUCUAUUGCACAUAAUAUUACACAAGUGACUUUGGCUGAACUGAGUUUCAGUGUCAAAUAGACACCGACAAGCAUGAAUCUGUUUUACAUGAUCAUUUUUGCUGACCUAGCUUAUAUCUUACCAAACUCCUUCAAAUGUUAGAAGGUAAACACUUCUUUUUGCAUCAGAUGUGUUUUGCUCCACUGACCCUAACCCUAACCCUAACAUUAAUUAUGAACUAUGAACCUAAUUUUACUGUUUACUGCAGAAAUGUUAUGUACCCUUAACACUAAAACCACUAAUGCAUUUAUUUUAUUCACACAGUUGAAUACACAACCACAUCUAAGUUUUGUUGUUAACUGCAUGGCCAUGUGCUUUUCAGAAAAGGUGCUCUGAAAAAGUUUGUCUUGUAAGACUUGUCAAGUCUGGUUUUCAGUCCUCAAAAAAAAACUUUAAUUCUCGCUGUACACUGUCUUAUGGUACAUUCCCCAAGUGCUGUGUUUAAUAAACCUAAGUAUUCUGUCUCUGUCAAA